GCCUCCAGUGUCUCCACAUUCUCUCUGCAAUCCAAAUUGAUUAAAAAUGAACGCACUUGCUUCCAGCCUGGUCCUCACGGCCGUGGUGUCUACCGUCUUUGCCAGCUGCGGUCCUUUUCUCUGUCCGCCAGGUUAUACAAAGUGGCAAACUAACUGCUACAAGCUCUUCGAUGAAGUCAAGAACUGGGCUGCUGCCGAGCAACGUUGUGUUGCCGAUGGGGCCCACUUGGCGUCAGUGCACUCGGCCGCCGAAAACAACUUCGUAAACCAAAUGGCACUCCAGGGCACAGCAGGCGGGCAAGAAACCUGGAUCGGCUUGAACGACCUCCAGACGGAGAAUAGCUUCGUCUGGACUGACGGCUCUCCGAUAGACUACACCAACUGGGAGCUUGACGAGCCCAACGACUUCUAUCCGGGAGAGGACUGCUCACAUCUUAAUCACGUCGCCUCAAACGGCGAGUGGAAUGACUUCUACUGCGAUCAAGAAUUUCGGUUCAUCUGCAAGAAGUAGUCUUGUAGUCAGAAGUUGUCAAGAAAUGACGAGUAUAGGCUUCGAGGCAUAACCAGACAUCGCCUGUGUCCUUUAAAUUAGUAGUCUUUGCCACUGUUCCACGUUUCAUGCAAAAUACUAAAUGAAGAGUCACGACAUUGAUUUUAACAGAUUAACUUGAAGAAAGACUAUAUUUCAAGAAGUUUUAACCUUUUUAACCUAACGUAGAGCAUCAUAAUUAAUCAACAAACCACAUGGUAUGAGGACUAAGCCUAACAGGUGUAAUGGUUAAAACUGAUUAAUCAUACACGUGAUGAGCAAUUGAUUCUGGGAUGCAUGUAAGGUACCCAGGAAAUCGAAUUUUUAUACCUCUGGUUUUCAAAUAAAAUAAGGUUUAAAAUGACAAUCUAUAAAACUGACACCUUUUGCAUGAGACUUAUGGUACAGUGUGAGGAUUCAGUAUUUUCUACAGAAAUUGAUCGUUUAAAAUUAGUCGUCACAAUGAUAUAAAUAAACUCGCUGUUUUGCAGUAACGAGGUUUCAGUAAGAAAAUGGACGCAAAUGUCAAACAUAUCUAUAGUCACAAAAGUCAAUGAAGCUAUAGUCGACCAUGAAUCAUGCAAUGAUUUAAUUUCCAACUCAAAAGAAUUUAAAGGAAAAUGAAAGAAUUGUCGUGUGCCAGUUUCAUUCGAUUGCUUACGUUUCCAAAAAUACUUUUCACACUUGGCAGAAACUGAACAGGAAAGAUGGCGAUUAAAUCGACUAAAUAUCGAUUAUAGUACUGCUGAUUCUA